GCCCACAUGUAAGCCCAACCCGCAAAACAUCCGACGCCGUGUAAUCUUCUCCGGCCGAUGAGGAGAGUGAGACGAUCCACUCGCCGGCAGAGGAUAGGCAGCAUCGCACGACGGCCAUGUCGUCCUCGCCUCUGACCGCCACGCCCACCCCUCUCCUUCCCGCCAAGUCCAAGAGCCCGCCGUCGCACCACCCGCUCCUCCCCCACCUCCCGCACUGCACGAGCCUCCGGGCGCUCGCCCAGCUCCACGCCGCCGCCGUCAAGUCCGGCCUGGGCGCGUACCCGGCCUUCGUCACCAGGCUCCUCACGCUCUGCACCGAGCAGGGCGCGGCCCCGGCGCACCUCGAGUACGCACGGCAGGUGUUCGACAGAAUCCCCAGCCCCGGGGACGUCGUCUGGUACAACACGCUGCUGCGCGGGUACGCGCGCUCGGCCGACGGCGCCGCCCCGCACGCCGAGGCGACGCGGGUGUUCGUGCGGAUGCUGGAGGAGGGCGUUGCGCCGGACACGUACACGUUCGUGUCGCUGCUCAAGGCGUGCGCGGCGGGGCGGGCCGGGGAGGAGGGCCGGCAGGCGCACGGCGUGGCCGUCAAGACAGGCGCCGCGGACCACGAGUACGUCCUGCCCACGCUGAUCAACAUGUACGCCGAGUGCGGGGACACGCGGUCGGCGCAUGCCAUGUUUGGCAGGGUGCCGGACGGGGACUGCGUGGUCUCGUACAAUGCAAUGAUCACCGCCGCUGUGAGGAGCAGCCGGCCCGGGGAGGCGCUGGUGCUGUUCCGGGAGAUGCAGGCCAAGGGGCUCAAGCCGACGCCCGUGACGUUGACCAGCGUGCUCUCGGCGUGCGCACUACUGGGAGCAUUGGAGCUGGGGAGGUGGAUCCACGAGUAUGUCAGGAAGGCAGGGCUUGACUCCCUCGUGAAGGUCAACACUGCGCUGAUCGACAUGUAUGGGAAGUGCGGGAGCUUGGAGGAUGCCAUCGGUGUGUUCCAGGGUAUGGAAUCAAUAGACAGGCAAGCAUGGUCCGUGAUGAUCGUGGCGUAUGCUAACCACAGCUACGGCAGGGAGGCCAUUUCGCUGUUCGAAGAGAUGAGGAAGCAAGGGAUAAAGCCGGAUGCUGUUACAUUCCUGGGCCUGCUCUAUGCCUGUAGCCAUUCUGGCAUGGUGAGCGAAGGGCUACAAUACUUCGACAGCAUGAGGGAGUAUGGUAUCGUUCCUGGGAUAAAGCACUACGGUUGCGUGACUGAUUUGCUAGCCCGAUCAGGUCAGCUUGAAAAGGCUUACAAGUUCAUUGAUGAGCUACCAAUAAAGCCCACCGCCAUCUUAUGGAGGACGUUGCUUUCUGCCUGUGGAAGCCAUGGAGCUGUUGAUCUUGGAAAACGUGUCUUUGAGAGGAUUCUUGAGCUGGAUGAUACUCAUGGUGGUGACUAUGUAAUAUACUCGAACUUGUGCGCCAACACUGGGGAAUGGGAAGAAAUGAACAGGGUAAGGAAGCUGAUGAAUGAAAAGGGGGUGGUAAAGGUGCCUGGCUGUAGCUCAAUUGAGAUAGAUAACAGGGUUCAUGAGUUCUUCGCAGGAGAUGCAAGACACCCACAUGCACGCCGAAUGGUUGAUCAAGUGAUUGAGCAGCUAAAACUUGUUGGUUAUGUCCCUAAUACGUCCCAGGUCUUCCAUGUUGAAAUGGGCGAGGAGGAGAAGGCCACAAGCCUAAGAUACCACAGUGAGAAGCUGGCGAUUUCUUUCGGGCUUCUAAAUACAUCUCCAGGAACUACUCUCCGUGUUGUUAAGAACCUUCGUGUAUGUCCAGAUUGUCAUUCGAUGGCAAAGCUUGUCUCUAUGCUCUUUAAUAGGCAGAUCAUACUCAGAGAUCUAAAUCGUUUCCACCACUUUGAGGAUGGGGUCUGCUCUUGUGGAGACUACUGGUAGAUUUUACAAACACAAUUUUUGUACCACAAUGCUCUAUCCUUGUUGUGUCCAUUCAGUUUGAAGUCUUACUGCAAAUGCAGUUCGUACAAGUCAUGGUACGGAGUUUGGGUUCAGGGACACCUUUUCUGCAAAUUCUAUAGAGGCUGUAAGUGAACUCUGCAUUUUGCACAUACCUUGCAAACUUGUCAGUUAAUGGAUAUCCCACUCAUUUUUACCAUUUUCACAUCCCCACUUGAUGAUGCACAACAGCAAAUUAAAAUCUUUUCCUGCCACCUUCUUUUCAUAUUACUAACAUAUUAUGCCACACCCAUAAGCCCAAAUAGGUGAUUCUCAUGAUGUUAGUUUGUUCAUUUCAUGAUUGUUUUCACUCAGUUCCCCGAAGUUCAUAUUUUCCUGAUGUAUAAUGAUAAAACCAUGCCAUCUGGACCUUAAAAUGUUAUUAAUAUUAUUUUAUUGUUAGCACUAUCACUCUUGCCCAUGGAAAGAGAGAAAAGCAGAUGUUUUGUCACUUUAUUGUAUGAAUAAAGUUGGUACGCAUUCUACAGAUUAGCCUGAUGAUUUGCUCCAAAUGACCAGAUCCAUGCUAGCAAUGCAGAUCAGCAUCGUGCCCUGCUGUGGAGUUAGAUCAUAUCUUACAUGGGAUAAUUAUCAGAUAAUAGAAGUAGUCGUAAUGUUAAAAUGUUUCCAAGGAAAGGAAAAUACCAAUAGUUGUUUGGUACACAACUCUGCCCCUCGAACUGGAAGGUCAUCAGCCUGACAAAAGCAACAUGAAGUCCCAGGUUGUGAAUAAGUAGUUGUUUCUACAAUAUGGUUGAGCCUUCGAUCCUCAAUAGCCCAAAUUGUUAGAAAAAAUGUGGAUAGCGCAAAUAAGCUGUAAAGCAGAGUCACAUGGGCUCUGUUCAUUCUACGAAAGAUGGUGUCAUGACACCGAAAACACAUAUAAAUGUGUCUAGUCAACAGUACCUUAGUUAAUUGGCAAUGAAAUUUGAAAUAGUCUGGCUGCUCCAUUCCAGCAUUGGAGGUUAAAAUGUUGCAAGAUUUUGACUGCAAUGCAGAUUCAACAAAUCUUGAUGACAUAUCUGGUAGGACCAUCAGACCAUCUGCAUAUCUUUAUCUCUGUAUGAUGCUAGAUUUUUUUACCUGAUUUACUGGCAACAUUGGCUAUGUAAGUUGGUAUUGCAUGAGUUGAUUGGUUCCACUUGUACCUAUUCAGGUGAAACUGGAGCAUGGUCUGUAGUCUACUUGUAUAGUACCACUGUUACAAUCACAUCCCAUGGUUGAGUUCAUUGUGUCUGUAGCAUUUCUGGGAAGGGGAUUUUGUGAUUUUUUUUUUUGUGCUCACUAGAACUCAUAGGAGAUUAGGACACAUGCAAAACUUUUUGGUAAACCUAAUCUUCUACUGAAUGAAAUCAACACUUCAUCAUAUACUGUGCCUUUAAGGUUCAGGUUGGUCAUAUAUCUCUUUCUUGCAUGUGCUGUCCUAAUAAAACUCGUGUAUCGCCUACCAGUACAUGUCUAAGAAUAGUCAUAACUGAAUUAGAUCUCAGACCCCAUGUUCCUGCUACCAGCACAGAAUAGUGUAUCAGUUCGGUCUUCGGUAUCAUCAUUCCAAUGUUAUGUCAUAAAUAGGGCAGCAAACCACGUUGUUUAGAUGACUGAAAUGAAUGCUUGCCAAAUCAGCCACCAUUUAUACAUCCGGAGAUAUGUUUAGAUUGCCGUGCUUCAUUUAACUUGGUAGACUGACCUUGCCGUAUGAACAUGACAAUGCAGUAGGUUACCUGCUAUCUUGGUGGAUUUGAUUAUCACAUAACUUUGUCUGCACCUUCAUGCGUGGUUACUUAAAUAACGAGGUAAGAACGCCAUCAGCUCUCUUUAUCAAUUAUUCUAGGGCAAGUUGCAUGUUUUACUUGGUCCAACAGCUGAUUUUGUCAUAUCCAUAGCCACAUUUCCUUUUUCUUCCUCCAUUAUCUGCAAAUAUGUUCAGUAUUUGCCUCGUUAACAUACGCCAGCUUGUCAUUAACUCAACCCAUCAAUGAUGAAAAGGUCAGUUAUGCCAUGCUGCAUGGCCACUAAGUUUCAUGUGUUUUAUUUCGACUUCUUGUAGCUAUGUUCUUCAGUCGUACCAUACAUGUUCUUGCCACCAUACAUACAGUUCCUGUCGCUGUUGCCUGUCUCUGAAAAUUAGUUGACAUACUGUAUUAUAUACUUGAUAGACUUUGAAACAGUACACCGUAAUCUUUCAGUUGUCUGAGCUUAGUGUGUUGCUGUGUGUGACAAGGUCAAGCUGCAAAAUUCACAUGGGUUGGGUGAAACCAUGAAGCCGUCUUGUUCGAGCGGAUUGCGGAAAGGAACCCCGGCCUGCCUGGAGCCAGCAAAGAUGAAGGGUGGAAGAAGCUUCUUGCCCUUUGAGUUGAUCAACCAACGAGUAAAAGAAACCCCUCUUUGCAGCUGGAACCCAUGAACGGUACUUGCUUUUUAUUAAUUCCUCUCUGACCAAUCGUUAUCAAAUGCGUUUGUGCCAUUACUGUU